UUCUUUAAGAAAAAUUGUCAUCCAAACAUUCUCCUUGAUUACACUAGAUUUAACUUAAUACCCAGAGAGACAAAAGAAGGAAAAAUUGGUAAGGCCACAAAUAGAUCUGGCCAACCACUGGCUACUACCAUAUGAUUUUCUAACCAAGUCUUGUGGCCUUGCCAAGGUACACCUGUACUCCUGGAGGCACAGUUAUAUCCAUAGAGCACUUUACAGGGGCACCCACUUCUCAGAAACAAGAUGUUCUUUAGGGGAUAGUUUUUAGACUAAAGGAUAAACAAUAAAGGCUCCCCAGUAGCACCCACUGGUGCCUUAAGAGGCUUGUUUUCAGGAAACAAUACAGAGAUUGAGUUCCUUAGUAGACUAGCUGCUGACAAGACAUAUUGGCAGAAUUGAUACAAUUUUUCUUUAUCUCCUCUCUCCAUGUCCAUAUAUCUCAGUAGCUUCCUCUCCUUUCCCCCAGUCUGCCACAGGAUUGAAAUUCUAUGAUAGGUCAUUCCUACAUUUAACAUUUAUUUCCUACAGUCUCGGUUUAAAAUAUUGUAGCCUUCUUUCAGCACUAUUCAUGGAGGGUCCAUACAGCAUUGUUUUGGAUUCCCACGGUAACUUAAAGGGAAAAUUUCACAAUGUCCAGAAUGCUUCAAGUCCUGCAAAUGAAGGAGAGGAUGUCCUCAAAUUCCUUGUAUUAGGAACCCACUUUGGUGGCACCAACCUUGACUUCCAAAUGAAACAGUACAUCUACAAAAAGAAAAGUGAUGGCAUCUCCAUCAUAAAUCUGAAGAGGACCUGGGAAACGCUUCUGUUGGCAGCUCAUGCCAUUGUUGCCAUUGAAAAUCCUGCUGAUUUCAGUGUCAUAUCUUCCAGGAAUACUGGCCAGCAGUUGUGCAGAAGUUUGCUGCUGCCACUGGAGCCACUCCUAUUGAUGGUGGCUUCACUCCCGGAACCUUCACCAGCCAGGUCCAGGCAGCAUUUCAGGAGUCUCGUCUUCUAGUGGUUACUGAUCCAAGAAUCUAUAAUGACCAAGAUACAAAUGAAGAAAAGUACUUAAAUACAGGCACCCAAAGUGAAUAGCAAAAGCUUGAAGCUUUCAGGCAUUUGCUUCUUGUUUCUUAACAGAAUACAUCUGUAAAUAAUCAUAGUGCUCGAU